AUGGCAGAAGAAGAAGCGCUGUCGAUGGCGAUACAGGCUUCAAUGGCCGAGUACAUUGCUAAGAAAGAUAUACCUUCGCAUAACAAUUUUGAUAGAACAAAGUUCUCGCUUGGCACCGAAGAAGACGACCUUCGAGCAGCCUUAGAACUGAGCGAGCAAGGAAACGAAAAAUCUGCUGACGUUGAUCUUACUUCAGAUGAUUCCUCUGUAGAAGACAAUGUUGACGAGGGCGCAGACUCAGAAAGCGAGGAUGUGGACUUUGAGUCUCGUUGCAACUUGAUUGAUUCCGAAUUUCGGCUACAUGCCAUCGUGUCGCACUGUGGACAAUCUGCGUCGUCUGGACAUUACGUCAGCGACAUAUUUGACCACGAACAUAAGCAGUGGAACAGAUACGAUGAUGCUAUGGUGUCAUCUUUGGGCGAUGCACUGCGUGCACAGCGAAGCGAUUGGAGGACCGGGGGCUAUCUUUUAGUCUACAUUCAUACUUCAUGUUACAAGAAUGCUAACAAAGAUUCAUGA